AUACAAAUUCAGAUAAUGGAUGGGCAAGGUUAUCUUGGAGGUGGAACCUAUAUAAGUCGCCCUCAGCUCCCACUCUGUCUCCAGCGUCGUCUACUACUACGAUCAGCAGCCAUGAAAUUCGCCCUUCUGAUCCUCGUGCUCAUGCCCCUGGUUUACUGUGACUUCAUCGAUCAGUUCCUCAAAUUGUUUGACGUGGGAGAGCUGAAGGCCGUUGUCCAGAAGAUUGCUGACAACGUGGGAUCUAACGGCACCGAGGCCGCUUGUGAGACGGAGUGCAUCGCCAUCCUGAUGAACAAUGCGCUCCUCUCCAGCGGCUGCGACCUCAUCUGCAGAUCACUCCAGUCCCUUGUCAAGCAGUUCCACAUCGUCUAGAAAGAGUGAUGUAAAAUACUAAUCAGGAAAUAAACGUGUUUUUGGCAUAA